AUGCCUCCCAGGAGGAAGACCGAUGGCCCAGAUGCUGCACCUCCCGCCAAACCACAGCCCAAGAAGCCACCCCCGCGACCUGCCACGACAAAGAAGCCUGCAGCGGCCUCCGGGCCAGAUCCCAGACCUGUGUCUACAAACACGACCGCAAACGAGGAGCAGAAAGCAAAACCUUCGCGUAAACCCUCCCAAAACGUCGACAGCUUCGAUGCCACGCUCGAGCCCUUCUACUACGACAAAUCCCUAACAGAUCCCAUUGACACGGCAAGAGACAAAUGGAAUCUAUUGCCGGCUUUUCUCAAGGUCAAAGGCCUUGUAAAACAGCACAUCGACUCCUUCAAUCACUUUGUUGAAGUUGAGCUCAAGAAGAUCAUUCAAGCCGAACCGCUAAUCACAAGUGACAUUGACCCGGACUUUUAUGUCAAGUACCUGGAUAUCUACGUCGGUAAACCACAGCGAUAUGAUGAGCAAUACUACGGGGAUGGUGCCCAUUACCGGGGUGAGUCGACUGUCACGCCCCACGAGUGCCGACUGCGCGACAUGACUUAUGCUGCUCCUAUCUUGGUGGACGUACAGUACCCAAAGGGAAGCCAAGUCUUCAGGCGGCGCGGAAUGACCAUUGGCAGAUUGCCCAUCAUGUUACGAAGCGCGAGAUGCGUACUCUCUGGCAAGUCAGAGGCCGAGAUGACGCUGAUGGACGAAUGCCCUCUCGAUCCAGGUGGCUACUUCAUCGUCAAUGGCACCGAAAAGGUCCUAUUGGUCCAGGAGCAGCUAUCCAAAAACCGAAUAAUCGUCGAAUCCGACCCCAAAAAGAGCAUAAUCUCGGCUUCGGUAACCAGUUCCACGCACGUCAGAAAGUCCAAGACCUAUAUCAACCUGAAGAAAGACGGGUUGCUCACCGUGCAGCACAACAUUCUGAACGAGCAGGUCCCUAUCUGUGUUCUGCUGCGAGCCAUGGGCGUAGCGUCGGACAUGGAAAUGAUGGCCAUCGUAGCUGGCACUGAUCAAGCGCUACAGGAUGAUUUCGCCAUCAAUUUCGAAGAGACCAUCAAGCUGAACAUCGUAACCCAGCACCAAGCGCUUGACUAUAUUGGCUCUCGGAUCAAGAUUGCCCGGAAACAAACUCCUUUUGGCCAAACUCGACGAAACUACAUUCAAGAAGCACUCGAAGCUAUCAGCAAUGUUCUCAUUGCGCACGUGCCCAUAGAAGAUCUUGAUUUCCGGCCGAAGGCUCUGUACGUCGCGCAUAUGGCUCGUCGUGUCCUCAUGACCAAGCAGAAUCCGGCUAUGGUUGAUGAUCGUGAUUACGUUGGCAACAAGCGCCUGGAACUGGCAGGCCAGCUGCUUUCACUUCUAUUCGAGGACUUGUUCAAGAAGUACAAUUUCGAUGUCAAGAUGAACAUGGACAAAGUGCUGAGAAAGCCUAACAAGACCGAAGUUGCUGACCCUUGUGCCAUAAUGAUUGGUCAUGCAAAUCAGAUCACACAGGGCAUGAACAGAGCAAUUGCAACUGGCAACUGGAACUUGAAGAGAUUUCGAAUGGAGAGAGCGGGCGUUUCACAUUUGCUUAAUCGUCUUAGCUUCAUCGCUACGCUCGGUAUGAUGACGAGAAUCACCAGUCAAUUUGAGAAGACCAGGAAAGUAUCCGGGCCGCGAUCGCUGCAGCCGUCUUCGUUCGGUAUGUUGUGUCCAGCAGAUACUCCAGAAGGUGAAGCCUGUGGUCUCGUCAAAAACCUGGCGCUGAUGACACACAUUACCACGGACGAUGAAGAAGGUCCGAUCAAGCGAAUCAUCUUCAUGCUCGGGGCGGAAGACAUUGUAACCGUCGGUGGCUCAGAGCUCUAUGCGCCUGGCUCCUAUGUUGUCAUGCUCAACGGAACGCCGCUCGCCGUAACGAGAACCCCUUCGCAUUUCCUUUCGUCCUUCCGCCGACUACGAAGAUCCGGGCGGAUAUCGGAAUUUGUCUCAAUAUUCAUCAAUCACCAUCAUAGUACCAUUCAAGUGGCAACCGAUGAAGGUCGGAUAUGUCGACCACUCAUUAUUGUUGAAGACAAGAAGUCCAAGGUCACAAAGAGGUAUCUGAAAUCACUCCGUCAGGGCUCGAUGGAUUUUGAUGACUUCCUCGCUCGAGGUCUCGUCGAGUAUCUGGAUGUCAACGAGGAAAAUGACAGUACCAUCGCCAUGUCUGAGUCCGAUAUCACGGCGGUUACUACUCAUCUCGAAAUAGAACCAUUCACAGUGCUGGGUGCUGUUGCCGGUCUUAUCCCAUAUCCUCAUCAUAACCAGUCUCCUCGAAACACUUAUCAAUGUGCUAUGGGUAAGCAAGCGAUUGGCUUCAUUGCGAACAAUCAGUUCCUGCGGAUCGACACCAUGCUCUAUCUGAUGGUUUAUCCCCAGAAGCCUCUCGUGAAGACUCGCACCAUUGAGCUUGUCAAAUACGACAAACUUCCAGCUGGCCAAAACGCUACCGUAGCCGUCAUGUCCUACUCUGGAUACGAUAUCGAGGAUGCACUUGUGCUGAACAAGGCCUCGGUUGACCGCGGCUUUGGCCGUUGUCAGAUCUUUCGUAAAUACCCCGUAUCCCUCAAGCUGUACGCAUCUGGCAGCAAAGACAGCGUCGGUCCACCGGUCCUUGAUAAGGAAACGGGCGUCUCGAUCAAAGAGCACGCUCUGCUGGACCAAGAUGGCGUUGCCCACGUCGGCGAGAAAGUGUCCGCAGGCGAAGUCUAUGUCAACAAAUGGGUUCCUGAAAACGUGAACUCCAGCAGCCUUUCUGACAACGGCAGAGACAAGCAGAACAUGCUUCCACAAGCUCAGAAGUACAAACUCCCUGAUCACUCCUACAUCGAUAAAGUCAUGGUGUCUGAAGUUGAGUCGGGCAAUCAGCUCAUCAAGGUACAGACUCGGCAGACUCGUGUGCCUGAAGUCGGUGACAAAUUCUCCUCUCGCCACGGUCAAAAGGGUGUUGUCGGCAUUAUCGCCGAGCAAGCCGACAUGCCUUUCUCCGAUCAAGGGAUUACGCCGGACAUCAUCAUGAACCCACAUGGUUUUCCGUCUCGUAUGACUGUAGGCAAGAUGCUCGAGCUCGUCUCCGGCAAAGCAGGGAUUCUGGACGGCAACUUCGAAUACGGCACUGCGUUUGGUGGCUCCAAGCUUGACGACAUGAGCCAAGUGCUCCUGAAGCACGGUUUCUCCUACGAUGGGAAAGACUAUCUCACCUCUGGCAUCACAGGAGAAGCCCUCCCCGCCUACGUUUUCACCGGCCCCAUCUACUACCAGAAGCUCAAACACAUGGUGCAGGACAAGAUGCACUCGCGUGCGCGUGGUCCGCGAGCCAUCCUGACGCGGCAGCCCAUGGAGGGGCGUUCUCGAGAUGGUGGUCUGCGAUUGGGAGAGAUGGAGCGCGACUGUCUGAUCGCAUACGGCGCCAGUCAGCUGAUGCGUGAGCGCCUGAUGCUCAGUUCGGAUGUGCACAACGUGGAGAUUUGCGAGAACUGUGGCUUUACGGCUUUUGGAAGGAGGUGCAAGCGGUGCAUGACGGCGGGUGAAGGGGAGGGGGGAAAGGUUGUGCAGUUACAGUUGCCGUAUAGCUUCUUGCUUCUGAGCAGGGAGCUUAACGCUAUGAGUAUUAGUACGCGGUUGGUAGUGGAAGACGAGUUUCCGCUGAGGUCAUGA